AUGUCAUCAAAAGCUGAACAAAAUUUCCUACUGAAAGAACAGAUUAUUAAUGCUAGCAGCGCAGGACUUAUUGGUAUUUCUUGUGUGUAUCCUUUGAAUUUGAUGAGGUUUAUGUUACAGAGUAAACCGGUUACUAUUGACAAAGAGCGUACUUACAAGAAAUUGUUCAAUUGUGGCAGAGAGAUAUUUGGACGUCACGGUUUACGUGGCCUGUAUAAUGGGUUCACUGUCAAUGCUUUUUUUAUAACACCUGAAAAAACAAUCAAGCUUGUUGUUAAUGAUUAUCUUUGCGCUAAGCUUCAAACAAAGGACGAGCCACUGUCACUAUAUCAGCGGAUGCUGGCUGGAGCAGGCGCAGGAACCUGUCAAUUGGUUGUAACAGUUCCAAUGGAAUUAUUAAUAAUUAGAAACGUAACAACGACUGGAAGCGGCGCCGAUAUCGAGAUAACGAGUGCUUGGCGCCAUGGCAUGGAAAAUAUUCGCCAAAAGAAUUUCCUUGGUCUGUAUAAAGGUGCAGUUGCUACUUGGAACCGAGAUGUUUUCUUCUCUAUGAUCUAUUUCCCGUUGUUUGCAUAUUUGAACAAUCGCGGACGAUCAUUAGAGACUGAUAAAGUACCAUUUUAUCACACGUUAAUGUCUGGCAUUUGUGCUGGUGCUGUAUCUGCAUAUGUGGCAACCCCGUUAGAUGUGAUCAAAACUCGCAUUCAAUCAGGUGAUCCGAAAUUUAAAAAUGCUUACAAUGGAGUAAUCGAUUGUGCCAAAAAAAUAUAUCUCAAUGAACCUACAAAAACUUUCAUGAAUACUGCAGUCCUUCGAGUUACGAGUAUAGCACCUAUGUUUGGCAUUUUGCAAAUGGUAUUUUAUAUUGGUAUUGGUAAAGCUGUAUUGGGAGACGGUGAAUCGAAGGGUUCAGUUUGA